UCCUUUGGAUAAAAAAUAGCUCCAGUUUGUAGACGAUGGCGACCUGCAAACAUAAAGUGCUAGUUAAAGGGAUUUAUAUUUUAUUCUUAUAUAGCAAUAUAUGUGCUGAGGGAUAUACAAAAGACUGGUCUCAAAUAGGAACAAACAAAACAUUUGAAUGUACAUCUGAAAAUGAACCAGCGACGUGGAUAUUUAAUAAUAAGAGUAUUAAUGCUCAAAACAUCAGAUUUGCGCAGAGUUCAAAUAGUAUAAUAACGGAUAACCAGGAUAGAUCAAACAGAAGUCAUGGGCUGAGAAUGUAUAAAAACAUUCUCUACAUCCAAAGUGUGAAUAUUUCGGACUCGGGAAACUAUUCAUGCAAACUUCCUCAAAGUACACAUUCUAUUGAGUACAGCUUACAGCCGUUUCUAAACCCAAUAGUUUUUCAAAGCACUGCUCAAAAUAUUAAGCGAAAAAUUAAACAAAGCGCCAUUUUAUAUUGCUCAUUUGAAAUUUACCCACAAAACACCUCAAUAAGUAAACAGUUAAAAUGGUUAAAGGAUGGAAGCCUUAUCUCUUUUUUAGACAACUUUUCGAGUAUAUCACAAAUAAGCAAAACACAAAUUAACUUUACUUUAGAGUUUACAGAAGUAUAUAAAAAGGAAAAUGGAACUUAUAAAUGCGCAUUAUAUAGGGCCACUGAAACUGGCUCUACUGAAACUGAGAUUGUUUCUAAAGAAAUAACAUUACUAGUAAUGGAGGUACCACAAGUUAGUAUUGAUUACGUAAAAGCUGUUGGUGCUAACAAAUUAUUCCUUAAUUGGACAGUGAAUGAUGGAAACGAUCCUUUACUAAAAUAUUAUAUUCAAUACUCGCAAGACGGCUCAUCUUCUUUUAAAUAUUACAAGGAUAUUAUUAGUGGAAAUAGUACAUCAUGCAUCUUGGAUUCCUUUAGUCCGAAUACAUCUUAUUACUUGCGUAUAACUGGAAAAAACUCAAUAGGAGAGGGUUCGCCAAAUCAAUAUCCGAUUGGUAUUACAACAUUAAUAACCGAUCCCACAUUUAUACCUAAAGUCGAAACUACUGGAAGCACUGCGUCUACCAUAACAAUUGGUUGGAGUCCACCCUCCCAAGAAUUGAUAGAAUUUAUUCAAUAUUAUGAAUUAAUUGUGUCCGAAUCUGGAGAAGUUCCCAAAUUAGUUGAAAAGGCUACUUACCAACAAAAUUCCAGAAAUUUACCGUAUAUGUUUGAUAAACUAAAAACAGCUACAGAUUAUGAAUUUCAAGUACGUGCAUGUAGCGAUCUUACCAAAACGUGUGGGCCGUGGUCUGAAGUAGUUAACGGGACAACAAUGGAUGGUGUUUCAACAAAGCCAACGAACUUAAUAAUGCACUGCAAUCAACACAAUAAUUCCAGACUUAGCUCCAUAUCUAUUAGUUGGAAUGUACCGGAGUCACCAAAUGGAAAAAUCAUCUCAUACCUGAUAAUUCUAGAAGGCAAUUACACAUAUAAUCGCAAUGGUGUAGAAUACAUUGAAAAAUGGGGUCCAAAAGUCCGCAGAGUUGAUGAACCAAAUCAUAAGGCGUUUUAUGAAAGCGUUAGUCCAAAUACAAAUUAUUCUGUUACUGUGUCUGCCAUUACAAGGCAUAAAAAAAACGGUGAGCCCUCUGUGGGUACUUGUUUUAUGCCCGCUUCCUUACCCGAAACUAUUGGUAAGACAAUGUGGACAAAAGUGAAAAAUGGACCUAAAUACGUCUUAAAAUUGUACUUACCCAAAAUAAGUGAAAGAAAUGGACGAAUUUGUUGCUAUCGAAUUUAUCUCGUUAAAAUAAAAAAUGCAAGCAACGAAUUGCCUUCUCCAGAGAAAAUUGAUGUACGAACUUAUAAUGAAAAUCAUAACAGUAAUAAUUCUCAAAAUAUUGCCUAUAUUGCUGAAAUGAUAAGUAAUCAGUAUUUCAAGCCUGAAUUGUUCCUAGGAGAUGAAAUGAGAUUUAUUGAUCAACCGGAAGAACUUAAAACAAAUGAUGAAUUAUGUCGGAAGUGUUUGGAAGGCUCGCCAUUUUUAAGAAGAGAUGAGAGUAUUUAUAAAAUCGAUGCACCGGUAGAGGAAGCGAAACGAAGUGAAAAUUUAACAGACCAUGAAUUAAACUCUUUAGAACAUAAACAUCGUAUUAUUCGAAAUCCUAAAGUUGCGAUUGAAAGGGAUAACACAAGUAAUACCUUAUAUAUUCAAUCGAGUUACCAUGGCCCUAUACUAGCCGUAAAUAGCUUAGUAGAUAUAUGGGAUGGAGUAAUUGAUGUUAAUUCCAAUUAUACUGGAUUUCUCGAAGUCAUCGCUCGUGCAAAUAAUACAGUAUUGAUGGCUUACAGUGAUUACUUUGAUAUAAUUACUCCAGCGACUAAAGCGGAGGCAAUAAUUCCUUUGGAUGAUGCCAAGUAUUUCUGGGAUACUGGCAUUAAAGUUCUUGCAAUUUUUUUUGGUGUAAUUGUUUUAUUUAUAACAUUCUGGAUUAUUCAUCACCAUAAAACAAAGAACGCUAUGCCCGAUGAGGACACAUUAACGCUCAGAGAUUCUUUAAGAGCCCUGUUUGGACGUCGAAUCAAUAAUCAUAGUCAGUUUAUAGGCUCGGCUAAUCUCAAAGGAUUUGACACAGGCCCAAUUCACAAAGCAGAUUUGGUUACCGCGUACAAAAACCGUCACAAGGAUACAGAUUAUGGAUUUUUACGAGAAUAUGAAAUGCUCCCAAGCCGCUUUAGUGAUCGAACAACAAAAAAUAGUGAUGUGAAAGAAAAUGCUUGCAAAAAUAGAUAUCCUGAUAUCAAGGCUUUCGAUCAAACUAGAGUAAAACUUUCACCAAUCGCCGGAAACCAAUAUACCGAUUAUAUUAAUGCUAAUUUUGUGAUUGGAUAUAAAGAGCGAAAAAAAUUUAUUUGCGCACAAGGACCAAUGGAAUCUACUAUUAAUGAUUUUUGGCGUAUGAUAUGGGAACAACAUUUGGAGAUUAUCGUAAUGCUUACAAACCUAGAAGAAUAUAAUAAAGCCAAAUGCGCAAAGUAUUGGCCAGAAAAAGUUUGUGAUUCUAAACAGUUUGGAGAUAUAUCGGUAAAGUUUGCAACAGAACGAAAAACUGGUGAUUAUAUUAUUCGGUCCUUGGAUGUGUCGAAAGCGAAUCUCAUUGGUGACGAUGAGGAUCAUAGGCAAAUAACUCAAUACCAUUACCUUACCUGGAAAGACUUUAUGGCACCAGAGCACCCACAUGGAAUUAUAAAGUUUAUUCGUCAAAUUAAUUCAGUUUACUCCGUGCAAAGAGGACCAAUUUUGGUUCAUUGCAGUGCAGGUGUCGGCAGAACAGGUACCCUUGUGGCUUUAGACUCCCUUGUUCAACAGUUGGAAGAAGAAAAUAUGGUAUCCAUAUUUAAUACUGUGUGUGAUUUACGCCAUCAAAGAAACUUUUUAGUACAGUCAUUGAAACAGUAUAUUUUUCUUUAUCGUGCCCUACUGGACACUGCAUUAUAUGGAAAUACGGACAUAAACUUAAACUUAUUGCAAUCAACGAUUGAAUCAUUAAAAUUCAGGCCCAACGAUGGAAAAUGUUUGCUUGAAGAUCAAUUUGAGAAACUAUUGGGAACUGUAGAUGAAAUAAAUAGAACCUCCAGCGUUGGUGAAAUAGAAGAAAAUAUGUUAAAAAAUAGAAGCCACGAAAUUAUUCCAUACGACCGAAAUCGAGUGAUCUUAAGUCCAAUACCCAUGAGAGACAGCUCAACAUAUAUAAAUGCUUCGUUUAUAGAGGGAUAUGACAAUACAGAGACAUUCAUAAUUGCACAAGAUCCAAUGGAAAACACAAUUGGAGAUUUUUGGCGGAUGAUCUCAGAGCAAAGUAUUUCCACACUUAUUAUGAUAUCCGAGAAUCGUGACACUUAA